AUGAAGGCGUGAGAGAGCGAACGUUACGCACGGUGCGUCUCCAUCAUGACGUCGCGAAUUAGCUCAAGAUUGUAGAAGGGGGAGAGAAAAAGGGAGGGGAGUGUGGCGAAUCGGUGCUUCGUCGCUUGUGGGGACGCGUUUGUAUAUAGUGCAUGUAUAUUUUUUGUAUGAUUUUUUGUCAUUUCGUGUCGCUGCCGCGCGCAACUGCACUACACGGAAACACCCAGAAUGAGACGCGUUCGGCUUUUCUAACCCUCUGUUUACGCGCGGAGCAGCCUGUGCAUUUAUAGCCAUAUUGAAUACAGCCAUAAAAUCGUUACAAUGAUGCAUAUUUCUACCAAAUAAUCCGACCUGGCUUUUCCCCGGCGGGUCCCACCCGAGGACGUACUGUUAUCUUGACAGAGCGCAUCGAAACUAAUAAUCCAGAGAUGGCACGGCUAUUGUUUCUGAUUAUUCUCUAUGCUCUUCCAUCUCUUGUUGUGCCCAUACAUAAUUCAUCAGCUGGAGGCUGUGCCAUCAUCCGGCCUCCCAGGGAUGGAGGCAUCCGCUACCGAGGCCUGACACAGGAACAGAUCCGCAGCGUGCAGAUCCUGCCCGUGGACUAUGAGAUCGAGUACAUCUGCAGAGGGAACCGGGUGAUCGUGGGCCCCAAGGUCAGGAAGUGUUUGCCCAACGGCACGUGGACGGACAUGACCCAGCACAGCAGAUGUUUGCUGCUUUGCCCCCGUGUGUGGACGUCUCUGGAGAACGGCCGGGUGGCGGCGAGGCCUCCAGGGCCCCCGGUGGAGGGAACCAUGCUCCACUACAGCUGCAACGCGGGCUUCAUCCUGGAGGGCAGGAACCUCAGCCACUGCACUAAACUGGGCAAAUGGGACGCACCCAAACCCACCUGCCUCUACGACAGAAACUACACAGGCAAGAAGAAGCUGUACAUCGGAGCGCUGUUCCCCAUGAGCGGAGGCUGGCCGGGCGGCCAGGCGUGCAUGCCCUCGGCUCAGAUGGCCCUGGACCUGGUCAACAACAGGAGCGACAUCCUGCCUGACUACGAGCUGGAGCUCAUCCACUACGACAGCAUGUGUGACCCAGGCGAAGCCACCAAGCUGCUCUAUGACCUUCUGUACACGGAGCCCAUUAAGAUCGUGCUGAUGCCUGGCUGCAGCGGCGUCUCCACGCUGGUGGCCGAGGCCGCGCGCAUGUGGAACCUUAUUGUGCUGUCCUAUGGCUCCAGCUCUCCGGCCCUGUCCAACCGCCAGCGCUUCCCCACGUUCUUCCGCACGCACCCGUCGGCCACGCUCCACAACCCCACCCGGGUGCAGCUGUUCCAGAAGUGGAAGUGGACCCGCAUCGCCACCAUCCAGCAGACCACCGAAGUCUUCACCUCGACUUUGGACGACCUGGAGCAGAGGGUGAAGGAGGCAGGCAUCGAGAUCAGCGUUCGCCAGAGUUUCCUCACCGACCCGGCUGUCGCUGUCAAGAACCUCAAGCGCCAGGAUGCCAGGAUCAUCGUGGGGCUCUUUUAUGAGACUGAAGCCAGGAAGGUGUUUUGUGAGGUGUUCAAGGAGAAGCUCUACGGGAAGAAGUACGUGUGGUUCCUGAUCGGCUGGUACGCAGACAACUGGUUCAAGAUCAAAGACCCGGCCAUCAACUGCACGGUGGAGAACAUGACGGAGGCCGUGGAGGGUCACGUGACCACAGAGAUCGUCAUGCUGAACCCCGAGACCGUCCGCGGCGUCUCGAACAUGACGUCGCAGGAGUUCCUGGCUGCCUUGAUGUCUCGUCUGGGGGGGAUGAACCCGGAGGAGACGGGUGGCUUCCAGGAGGCACCUCUGGCCUACGACGCCGUGUGGGCUCUGGCCCUCGCCCUCAAUAAAACCGUGGCGCCGCUGAAGGCCAGAGGCCGGCGUCUGGAGGACUUUAACUACAACAACCACGAUAUCACCUCCGAGAUCUACCGGGCUCUCAACACCAGCUCCUUCGAAGGCGUUUCGGGCCAAGUGGUGUUUGAUGCCCAGGGCUCCAGGAUGGCCAUGACUCUGAUCGAACAACUGCAAGGAGGCAGCUACAAGAAGAUCGGUUACUAUGACAGCUCUCAGAAGAACCUGUCCUGGUUUGGAAACGACGUGUGGAUAGGUGCUGGUCCUCCUGCUGAUCGGACCGUGGUGACGGAGGAGUACAGGUUCCUGUCCCAGAAGCUCUUUGCCUCCGUCUCCGUCUUCGCGGGCCUCGGCAUCCUGCUGGGGAUCGUCUGUCUGACCUUCAACAUCUACAACGGCAACGUCCGCUACAUCCAGAACUCGCAGCCCUACCUGAACAACAUGACAGCUGUGGGCUGCAUGAUGGCUCUGGCUGCAGUCUUCCCACUGGGAAUCGAUGGCCACCACGUCCACAGAUCACAGUUCCCCGUCGUCUGUCAGUUCCGUCUGUGGCUCCUGGGCCUCGGCUUCAGCCUGGCGUACGGCAGCAUGUUCACCAAGAUCUGGUGGGUCCACACCCUCUUCACGAAGAAGGACGAGAAGAAGGAGAAGAAGAAGCAACACUUGGAGCCGUGGAAGCUCUACGCUACAGUCGGGGUCCUUCUGGCCAUCGACUUCCUGUCACUCAUGAUCUGGCAGAUCGUGGAUCCGCUGCACAUCACGGUCGAGAAGUUCACCAGGGAGGCCCCCAAGGAGGACCUGGAUGUCCUGAUUCAGCCCUUGCUGGAGCACUGCAGCUCUGAGAAGAUGAACACGUGGCUGGGUGUGGUCUAUGGCUACAAGGGGCUGCUGCUGCUGCUGGGGAUAUUUCUGGCUUAUGAGACCAAGUCCGUCUCUACAGAAAAGAUCAACGACCACCGGGCCGUGGGCAUGGCCAUCUACAACGUUGCUGUACUGUGCCUGAUAACGGCUCCAGUGACUAUGAUCCUGUCUUCACAGCAGGACGCCUCCUUUGCCUUUGCUUCUCUAGCAAUUGUCUUCUCUGCCUACAUCACGCUGGUGGUGCUUUUUGUUCCUAAGAUGCGGCGUCUCAUCACCCGAGGCGAGUGGCAGUCGGAGCAGCAGGACACUCUGAAGACGGGCUCCUCCACCAACAACAACGACGAGGAGAAGUCCAGACAGCUGGAGAGGGAGAACAGGGAGCUGCAGAAGAUCAUCCAGGAGAAGGAAGAGCGCGUCUCCGCGCUCCGCAACCAGCUGGCCGAGCGUCAGGCCCUCCGUAACCGCCGACGACCCUCCACGGGUCAGAACCAGAACCACAACGCUCCGCCGCCCUCGUCCCAGCCCGACCCAAAGUCCCUGCUCCCGCCGCCCGGCUACCCCAACCCCACCACGGACAACCACUCGCUGCCGCCCUCCUUCUCCAACUCCUCCAACCUGUACCCAGCGGACAGCAAGAUGAGCCGCAACCACUGUCACAACAGCCAGAUCCCGCUGCUGUAUAAAUGAAGGGGGGGCGGGGGGCACGGUGCACGCGGGGGGACACCACACAUGACGAGACACUGUGACUUUCACCUGUUUGAGCAAUGAGCACAGCAGUGCAGUGACACUGUUUUAACAUACAGCGUGGACGCACAAAUCCCAACACGGAUCUCAGAUCUGCUGUGAGCGGUCUGCGCGACGGCGACGAGCGCAGACCGCUCACACCCCACGUCUCCUUCAAACACGGAGGGAACAGAAGAUCUCGUAGUCCUGACUCCCCCUCAUCCGUUCCCUUGUUCUGUUGUGGAGACACUGCAUCGAGGAUAUUAAGGAAGUAUUUGUGUUCGUGUCUUUGCUAUACCGUCUCCACCGUUUGUCUCCGGAGUGUUGACUAGACAAGCACAUAAAGUAGUGAUUUAUAUUGUUCUGUAAUAUCUGGCCUGUUUUGUCAUGGAGUUGCUGUUAAAUACUUUGUUCACUUCAUGAGAGUUGUGGAAGCUGAACUUUGCGAACGGACAAAGCGUUGUACAGUUUUCAUUUCUUUGAGGAGCGACUGGGCUCGAUUGUGUAGGAAACUGGUUUCACUGGGAAGUGACGAUGUGCAAAUGAUUAAAUAGCCAUAACUUGGAGCCCGGGAGCUUGGCAUGUGUGGAUGUUUAUUGUCAGGACUGCGUUAAGUGCUUCAUCUAAAAAAAGCCGGUCGUCUAUUAGACGACUGUUACACAGGAAGCGCUGAUGGAAACAAACAAUUUGAUAGUUUUGUCAUUUAAAGUAACACUUUGCAAUGAAUUUUGGAGGUUUGUGUUUUAUCUACUAAGCAGCAAUGAAGCGGUAGCCAUCAACUGAAAUCACCUGGCGCUGCGGCUGAUGUUUGUAUAUAUUGAGUCGGGACAUCAGGACCCAAACGAGAAAAAAAGUCCAAAUUUCAGCUCAUAAGAAUGAAACUUUGUCUCCUGAAAGUAAAAGCCAGUUUAUUCUUCUACAGGAGGUUUGAUGGUGCGACGGAACUUCUACAGCGGCUGAUUCUGUAGAUAAUGACAGAAGAUUUUAUACGUUUAUGUGAACCUGUGUACUUCAUUUCUCGUGAGCCUUAUUUUCAAAGAAUGUUUUUUUAAUUUAUGUUUCCCAUAACAGACAAUCUGGACGGAUGGAUCUGUGUAGUUUUCUUUCUCAUUUCGCCUUUGAAUAACAGUUGUUAUGUAUCAAAGAAGGAUAUAAGCAGUGUGACAUAGUGUAUUUACUCAGCAGUUAAUCUGGAUGUACUAUUUCAUUCAUGAGCUAUAUCCAGAUUUUAUAAAGCAAUGAUGCCUGAGCAGCUCUGUUGCCAGGUAAAACAAUACUUUGUCAGAUAUUUUUAAAAUAUAUAUGAAUAUAUUUCAGUGUGCACUUUAAACUGAACAAACUAUGGUUACUCCACUUUCUGUUGCUGGUAUUCUAGUGCGUCUUAGCUCAGGGUACGAUGAAGAACGGUCAUAAAUGAAUGAAAUAGGCCAUAUUUAUUAACUGUGCUGUUCCUGGAUCAGAUAGUGUAACAUAUGAAUGCAGAAAGAAUUUAGCAAAUCUUCUAUUAUCCUGCACAUAUAUGACAAAAUAACUGGAUUUUGGGGGUAUUUGCAUUUACUAUAUCUUAAAUGUUGACAUAUUUAUGUGUAUGCAGAUAUGUUACCAUAAAUAAAAGAAAUGUUUUUCACUGGG